CGCAUGCGCGGUGGGUCUCUCUGUCGUCCGCUCGGGGAGUUUUUUUUUCCUCAGAGGAGCAGUGUCCAAUCACGGCUGCUACACCAGGAACAGUCUGGCCGUCCGACGUCAGGAGCUCUGGCUUUUUGGAUCGGAAAUCGGCCCGCGGAUGGUUCUGCUUCCAGGCGACGGACCUGGACGUCCGGGCCCGCGGUAGAAGCUCGAAGAAAGCCCCGAGACUUCCCUCUGACCCAGAAAGCAGGCUGUGCGAGAAACUGCAGGCCGGUUAGCAUCUGGCCGAAGCGGAGAACGGAGGGAGGCGCCCGCAGCGGACGGGGGGCGAGCUCGAUUUUUUCCCCUCCGUUUGGACUCUGUUCGGUUCUUCGAACCGCUCAGCAGAAUGAUUUUUUUCCGUAUUUUUUAUAAACGUCUGGAGCUCGAAAGGCUGUCGGUCCGCUAGCGGUAAGCUAGCUGUUCCAGUUAGCGUUUCCAGACGGCGGAGGAUCCGGAGGAGCGCGCGCGGCCUCCCGGCGCUACGCUGACGGACCGACCCGGAGUUCGGAACCGACGAUGGCCGCCAAUCUAAUCAAGGAGAUCGUGAGCAGGAACAAGAGGCGGUUCCAGGAGGAUGGCUUCGACCUGGACCUCACUUACAUUUACCCCAACAUCAUCGCCAUGGGCUUCCCCGCCGAGCGCCUGGAGGGCGUUUACAGGAACAACAUUGACGACGUGGUUCGGUUUUUGGACUCAAAGCACAAAAAUCACUACAAGAUCUACAACCUGUGUGCGGAGCGACAUUACGACACCACAAAGUUCAACUGUCGAGUGGCUCAGUACCCCUUCGAGGACCACAACCCGCCCCAGCUGGAGCUCAUCAAGCCCUUCUGCGAGGACCUGGAUCAGUGGCUGAGCGAGAACGAGCACCACGUGGCCGCCAUCCACUGCAAGGCGGGGAAGGGCCGCACCGGCGUCAUGAUCUGCGCCUACCUGCUGCAUCGGGGCAAGUUCCAGGAGGCGCAGGAGGCGCUGGACUUCUACGGGGAGGUCCGGACCCGCGACAAGAAGGGCGUGACCAUCCCCAGCCAGCGCCGCUACGUCGUCUACUACAACUACCUGCUGAAGAACCGGCUGCAGUACAAACCCGUGGCUCUGCUCUUCCACAAGAUGAUGUUCGAGACCGUCCCCAUGUUCACCGUCGGAACCUGCAAUCCACAGUUCGUGGUGUACCAGCUGAAGGUGAAGAUCCACACCUCCAACCCCGCCAACAUCCGGCGGGAAGACAAGCUGAUGCUGUUCGAGUUCCCGCAGCCGCUGCCCGUCUGUGGAGACAUCAAGGUGGAGUUCUUCCACAAGCAGAACAAAGUCAUGAAGAAGGAAAAGAUGUUCCACUUCUGGAUCAACACCUUCUUCAUCCCGGGCCCAGAGGAGGCCUUCUACAAGCUGGAGAACGGCAGCGCGGCGCCCAACUCUGAGGUGUCGGACAGAACCUACCAGAACCCGGGAGACGCCAACGACAAGGACUUCCUGGUCCUCGCGCUGACGAAGAACGAACUCGACAAGGCCAACAAGGACAAGGCCAACAAGAACUUCUCUCCAAACUUCAAGGUGAAGCUGUUCUUCACCAGGACGGUGAAAGACGGGACCAACUGUGACGCCGGCAGCUCGUCGGGGACGCCGGACGUCAGCGACAACGAGCCGGAUCACUACCAUUACUCCGACACCACGGACUCGGACACUGAGAACGACCCCGAGGAGGACGACCACGAGCAGAUCACCAAAGUGUGACGGCGCCACGCCCCGCGGACCUGCAGCGUGUAAAUACCAGGAUGUACUCGCAGUCCAGAACCCGGACGGGACCGGCGCCUGAGUCAGAACUUACCCCACCUGCACCCACCUCCCACCACCACAGCUGGACAAUCAUGACGGGGAGUGGGGAGGUGAGUGGGCGGGGCCAGGCACAGGUGAUAUCAGGGGGUGGAGUCAAAGCUGAAGCAAACUAAGAUGAGGACUUCAGAUGAAGCUCCAGAACCCGCCCCCUGGUCGGUCCGGACUCCCGCCCGUUCAGAUCCAGUUCCCCUUUGACCCUCACGUUCUCUGCUUGGUUCCGCUGACCCACAUCUCUUCAGUGUCAGCCAAUCGUAGUUUAGCCUCGAGAAGAACCAGUUCUGAGCAAGAGUUCUGGACUGAACCGGAUUCUGGAUAUUUGUGUUCUGGUCUACUUCUGCACACAGACAUCCAAUCAGCUCGCAGAAAGCCGAGCUGGUUCUGUUGGACUUUCACUCAGAUCACUAAGCUACGCCAGGGACCCGCCGGUCCACAUGAGCCAAGACUCCCACCCAGACGGAGCGCUCCGAUAGGCCAGUCGGGUCGGAGUCCUGGUGUUGGUCCAGAACCCGGCCCGGUGCUCCUCAAUCACUCUGGUGGAUCCAUAAGCUAAGAGGAUUAUCAGACCCGUUUGGGUCAGCUGGGUCAUGCGUUAGGCGGGCCUGUUAAUCAGCUCUGGGCAGAACCUCGGCAAUUCUGUCCAGGAACGGAUCAUCUCGCCCACAUUUGUCGGAACCAGAACCACUGAUGCUCAGAUAUACUCUGGUCCGGUUCUGAGAUCGGUCUGUUUCCCUAGAUGUUCUGAUCCAAACCAAUCAGUCUCAACUCAUCACUGGGACAAAGACGGUUCUGACCCGCCUUCAUAACUAGAGCUCCCCUGACCAUUUGCCUUUGGGUCUUAUGGUUCUGAUGGCCCAUUUCCGUCCUCAUUUGGUGCUAAGCGCGGUCAUCCCAGCCUGUCUGAGCAGAAUCUCGUGGAAGUUCUGUCUGAUUCUGGGCCUGUGGCGCUGACCCGUAGGUGCUCAGUUAUCAGGGUCCGGUUCUGGACCUGUUGUCCACCCGUGGUGCUCCCUGCUGGUCCAGUUGUAGUUUCACCAUUGGCCUGGCCAGAGUCCUGUUGGUUCUGUUCCAUCAAACGCAGGAUUUGGACCAGGGCACAGAAGGACUCCCAGAACUUGGUUAUGAUUGGGUCAGAACAAAUGAACAGUUCUGGUCAGUAAAGAGAGGCUCAAAAGAUUCUGAACCCAUGAAACCACGUGUUUUUUGAAGUGGGUCAGAACUUUGAGGAGUGGGAGAGUUCUGGUUCUUUCUGUAAGACUGAGCAGGAUUUGGGUUUUCCGUGAUUCCAAACAGUCGUAGAUGAUCCGUUCUGGUUCUGAUGGGUGUCAGACGUGGAAGCAGAACAUCUGUUAGCUGCGGUUCUGCUCCAGGUCCGGCAGAUUUAAUCUCGUCACAGAGCCGCCUGACCCAAAGCUCAGUUAGAUUUUUAUUAGCUGUUUUUUAUUUGUUGGUUCUGUUCUUCAGGCCCAGUUCUUUUACGUCCGCUCAGAACAGUCGGGAAACGAACUCGAACCGGAUCAGUGGUUUCUCAUUGGUUCUUUAACGUCAAGCCACACCCCCUGUUGUUAGCCCCGCCCCUUCACAACCUUCUUCCAGCUCGACAUCCGUCAUUCAUCCGUUGGUUCUGCUCCAGUCCAAACAGAACCCGGGAAAAAAAAUGCACAUCAGACCCAGAACUGGGUCGGUUCUGAAAUCCAGACUCGCACAGAUGUGGUUCUUAGUCGCUAUUUAACCUGGUUUUGGUUUUUAAACGUCCUGAUACUUGACAACCCGUCACCAUGGAAACAUGUUAAACUGACCCCGCCCACAAUUCUUUUAUUCUGCCUAUCCUUGUUUUAUAAUGAAAUAAAAACACUGUAAAGGUGAAUAAACUAUUUAUAAACUGCU